AUGUUUUGUAAUUUAUUUUGUUUAUGUUUUCAUGGCAUUGAUUCACAAUCAAUCGAAAAAACAUCAUUACAAAAAGUUCUUAAAAUUCGAAAUACAUAUCAAACAAAAAAAUUACUUCGUAUUAUUUAUUUUCGUGAAUUUGAUAUGUCAAUUGAUGAAAAUCGUUUAAAAAAAGAUUUUAAAAAUCUUACAGAAUCAUAUGAAAUUGAUUUAAAAAUAAAUAUAUUGAAUCAAUCAACAUCAUUAUUGGUUACAAAAUUAUGUUCAUUAAUAUCUGAAGAACAACGUGAUACAAUAUUGAUUGCAGAUUUAUAUACAAAAGAAAUUGAUUUAAUAUCUCGUUCACUUAAAAUUCCAACAAUUGCUACUACAAAUCGAUAUCAAAUUGUACAAGGCAAACAACAUAAUCCUUAUUUAUUUAAAUUAAUGCCAGAUGCUGUAGAAGAAGCACAAACAGUAGCAUAUGCUUUAGAUGUUCGUUCAGUUUAUACUCGAAUUGCUUUAAUCUAUGAUAUGUCGCUCGAUAUGAUUGAAUAUCGUUUAACAUAUCUUCAUCUUGCUAAACAACAUAUUAUUUAUCGAGCACAUUUACCACGUAUAUCACUUUUAUUUAAUCUUCAUCAUCGUGUACGAAAAAUUAUUUUUGAUUUAAAACAACUUAAUAUUGAUCUUAUUUUAUGUAUGAUGUCAACUGAACGUGAAUUACAAUUUAUACGUUUUAUAAAAGAAUAUAAUAUAUCAUCAGAAAUAGAUUUUUUAUUAAAUAAAACAAGUUGGUGGUUUGCUUCACGUCUUGGUGAAAUACGUAAUUUAACAUAUUUUCCUAAAAUUUAUACAGCUAAUGAAGAUCGUCAAAGAUUAUUAGGACAAUUUUCAAGUUCAAGUAUAAAAAUUUUAUUAAAUGCUGUUAUUAAAACAUAUAUACGUUUACCAAUUUCAUCAUCAUUAUUUAUUGGUACAAGUAAUUGUGCUAUUCAACAAAAUCUAUAUCAAUUAACAAAGACACAUUUAUUUAUUAAAUUAUUUACAAAUUUUACUGAAUGGAAUUGUGAGAUUCGAGUUGGUUCUGGUGUUGAUCCAAUUUUAUUUGAACCUGAAACUCUUGUAUGGCGUGUUCCAACGAUAUUUUUGGUUCAUACCGAACAUUCAUGUCAAGGUAUGCUUACUCGUAUAUACUAUUCAAUAAGUAAUAAUGCCGAUCAAUUAUUUCGUUCAUGUCGUCCAAUAAGUUUAUCAUCACGUAAAAGUUCAACAUCAACUCAUCAAGAUAAUUCAAGUACAAUAACAUCAUUAUCAUCAUCAUCAUCAUUAUCAAAUGCUCUUGUUGAUAUAAAAAAUUAUUAUCAAAUGUUUGGUAAAUUAUCAAAUGAUGGAAAAAAUGAUUGUCAAUAUGUUCAUAUUCAUACACCAUUACAAAAACCAGUUAUUGUUGGUGUUGUUGAACCACCAUAUAUAUUUAUGUCAGAUGAUAAAAUUUCAUCUGAAUUUCAUUGUAAUUAUGGUAUACAUUGUUAUCAAAUUGAUCCAUUAUUAAUUAAUUUUACAAUUGAUUCAAGUUUUUUUCAUAUAAAAAAGACAACAACACCACAUUGUUGUUAUGGAAUAUCAAUUAAUCUUUUAUUACGUAUUGAAGAUUCAAAAUUAGUUACAACAUUAAAAACAACAAAAUUAUUUGUUUUUUUGGAUAAACCAACGAAAUGGUUAGCAUUAACACAAACAUUACAAAAUGGUCGAGCAGAUUUAUCUAUAUCAGCUAUUUCAUAUGAAUCAUUUUUAGCACGUUCAAUUGAUUUAAGUCCACCAUUUUAUCAUUCAUCAUAUGUUAUUUUAACUGUACCAAAACCAACUGGACCAUCAUUAGGCACUUUUUUACAACCAUUUUCAUGGACAACAUGGUGUAUGAUUUUUUUAGUAUUAAAUGCUACUGCUUUAUUUGAAAUGUUUUUUGAAUGGCAUAGUCCUUAUGGUCUAACACCAAGAGGUCGUCGUCGACAUAAAGUAUUUAGUUUAGCAUCAGCAUUAACACUUGGUUGGUCAAUUAUUUUUUCACAUACAUUCAAAACAAAAUCUCCUAAAUGUUGGUCAAAUCGUUUUUUAGGCAAUGUAUGGGGUGGAUUUGGUAUUGUAUUUAUUGCUAUUUAUACUGCUAAAUUAGCUGCAUUUAUGGUUGACAAUGCUCAAACAAAUACUGCAAGUAAUAUUCAGGACAUUGUUGAUAUAUGUCGUAAUAUGCCUCGAUGUACUGUGGGUGUUGUUGCAAAUACAAGUGAUGAAGAAUAUGUAAAAAGAUUUCAUACAAAUACACUUUAUCGUAAUAUACAAUAUGUAUCAUCUUAUGGUCAAGGUAUUGAUUUACUUCGUAGUCAUAUAAUAACAUAUCUUAUUAUGGAUCAUUCAAUGGCAAGAUAUUAUUUAACACGUGAUAUAUUUAAAUUAAUUCGUAUGAGUGAUGAUAAUUUUGGUACAUUUGGUUUAUCAUUAGGUUUUUCUAAAUUUCAAACAGAUUUAAAAGAUAAUAUAACAGAUAUUUUAUUAUCUUAUGUUGAUAAAGGUAUUAUUCAACGUCUUCAUGAUGAUUGGUAUGUCUAUGAAAAUUGUGAAACUAAACUAUUAGAUGAGAAUCAAGAAUUAUCCCUUGAUCGAUUUUUUGGUGUAUUUAUGUUAUUAAUAGGUGGUAUGGUAGUUGGAUUGAUUAUACUUAUAUUAGAAUGGUUGAUAUUUAAGUAUGCUGUACCAUGUUGGCGAAGACGACAAUGGCCUGGUUGGUUAUUUUGUUCUCAACGUUUAUAUGCCAUAUUGAAUGCAUCAAAUGAUGUUUAUAAUAAAGCAUAUCCUUCGCAAAGCAAUGAUUCAUUUACAACUGUUGGAGAACGGCUUCAUAAUUACACAACUCGGCGUGAUAGUUUAGAUUUGCAUGUUAUUAAUGUUCCGAAAUUAUUAACUACAACUUAUCAAUUAAAAGAAAAAAUAAAAAAAAUAAAUGAACAACAACAACAACAGGAACAACAGCAACAACAACAACAAAUAUCAUUUAUUUCUCCGAAUGGUGGUUUACGAUUGAAGAAAGAAAAUUAUGAAAAACUAUUAAUUCGAAAACGUAUUAAAGAACUUGAACAAGAAUUAAAACAUCUAAAAUCACAAUUAAUAAUAAAUUCAACAACAAAUAAUUAA